GAGACGCAACUUCCUUUCAAAACAACAUGGUGGUGGUGUAAGACGAAACAACAAAAUGCGGUUAGAAAAGUGUUAUUUCUGUUCUUCCACCGUCUACCCGGGUCACGGGAUACAGUUUGUUCGUAACGACUGUAAGAUUUUCAGAUUCUGUCGAUCAAAAUGUCACAAAGCAUUCAAAAAGAAGAGAAAUCCAAGAAAAGCCAAAUGGACCAAAGCUUUCAGAAAAGCGGCCGGCAAAGAAUUGGCAGUGGAUCCCUCAUUGGAAUUUGAAAAACGAAGAAAUGUUCCUGUCAAAUACAACAGAGAAUUAUGGCAGACAACAUUUAAAGCAAUGAAGAGAAUAGAAGAGAUCAGAAUCAAGAGACAGAAUCAGUUCAUCUUGAACAGAUUAAAGAAGGGCAAAGAACUCAGGAAGGAGGCUGACGUGAAAGAAGUUGAAACUAACAUCCACUUAAUUAAGGCCCCAGCAGGUCGUGUCAAGAAACUGGAGAAGAAAAUGGUUCAAGUGAUACAAGAGGAAGAUGACGAUGAUAUGGAAGAAGUUUAAAGAUCCAAACAGGAGGAUUUAACAGGGGUGGGACUGUAAUAAAGGAUCUAACAGGGGUGGGGCUGUAAUACAGGAUCUAACAGGAGUGGGGGGUUGAAAACCAACUCCUACAGACAUUCAUACUGAUCUAAUGUGACCUUGUUGUUUUAUCAUUAUACAUUGUAUUAAAAAUAAGAGAUUAAAUUCUU